AUGGUAGAGCAUGAUGGCUUGAUGCGAGUGUUCUGGCCGACAGACAUCCGCAGGUCUGAUCGCCCAGGCGUGGUUGUGGGCUGGCGGAAUUCCACCUUGGACGUUUUUGUCGUUGCCAUCUUGGAUGAUGUCGAUGCCCACGAAGUCGAAUUCCAACUCAAGCAGGGGACUUUCUUCAGGAGUGCGCCCCACUCGCCAGGUAGAAUCUAUGAACUAUGUGGCCAUUCAUCAAUGCACGUCCUUGGCGUAUCUAAUUCAACCAAUUCUGAGGGAGUCGACCCGUCUUGGGUUUGCGCAAUCAAUCACCCAUAUGCACGAACACCAACCAUAACGUGCGCCAAGGCGUCCAGUAUUCAACUUAUUCUCUACGAUAGACCACAACCCAGGCAUAUGCAGUACAUUUCUCUGGAACCAAUUGCUCUUGCCUUGGGUGAUAAAACAUCCAUGAUGGAUGAUGCCAAAGUCGAUGCUACCGAAGAUCUGGUCGAACAACAGGAACGAGCAGGAAAAGAAAUCAGGCGAAAACUGGUUGAGAAAUUGAAGCAACACACCAUCUCCAAUCGAGUUCCUUCAGCACGAGACAAAGCGCUGCGCAAAAUCAUCAACCAAGUAAACUGGUCGUGGGAGUUGGAACAGAUGUUACAAAAGAAUGCAUGGCGGUUGGGCCCACGACCAAAGCGAAGUCUCAGCGUAUCUGAGCAAGUCAUGGAGUCUGCUUCGACAAUGAGAAACUACGUUCUCAGGCAGCUUUGGGCAUUUUUUGCCGUGUAUUUGUUCCCCACCAUCCGAAAAACUUUUAUCCUAUUUCUACUCGGCCAUCGCAUAGCGGCUGAGAUGCUACUCAUUGUCUUAGAGUUCCGCAUCAAACCAGGAUAUGCCGCUUUGAAGGACAUAUCAGCAACCGCACAGCAGAUAGAAAUCCGCCUUCAGCAGUUUUGUUAUUGGCCAAUGCAGUACUCGACAUUACGACAAAGAAAGAUGAAUUGGGCGAGUGUCACUACCAGACACCCCGACUAUAUUCGGUUCUAUAACAGCCUCUGGCUUGUCGCCAACGACGUCAUUAUUGGCAUGGCGGUUGGCUCCUACGUCAUUGAGCACUCUGACUGGGUUGCUGGCCAGAUUGGAGAUCUUUUGAGAACAUACACUGUGGAGGCUCUGCAAAGAAGCAUCUCGUGGCUAAUGGGUUGGCCUGGUGGCUUGAAACUUAACACCGAGUUAGCAAUGUUUUUGGGCGACUUGUUUUUAUGGGUCAUUGACUACUGGUCAAGCUGCAUAGAGACACUGACUCCUGCACUGCCAAACAUUGUGUGGUUCAUCGGAUUUACUUCCUUUGCGGGCGCCAGCAUGCCGCUUGCGAUGUUUUCAGAUCUCCUCUCAGCGUUGACGAUUCACAUUUACUCGUUCUACCUUGCUUCGGCGCGCAUUUACCACUGGCAGUUGACGAUUCUCCAAUCCCUCUUCCACUUAUUUCGAGGUAAAAAGCACAAUGUGCUUCGAAACCGUAUUGAUUCAUGUGAUUAUGACCUUGACCAGCUGCUUGUCGGCACAAUUUUGUUCACGCUUCUAUUCUUUUUGCUGCCCACGGUGGUUGUAUUCUACCUUAACUUUGCUAUUGCCCGGAUGAUUAUAAUAUCCAUGAAGGCUGGAUUUGAUACCCUACUUUCUUGUUUGAACCAUUUCCCGCUAUUUGCAUUGAUGCUACGGAUAAAGGACGAGAGAAGGUUACCUGGGGGCAUUCGUUUCGAGCUUCGAGAUACCCGGGAUUAUAGAGCUACAAGCACUAAUACUACUAAUGAGACCCCUACAUCUAUCAUAUACCUCAAGGUUAGUGUUAGAAGAACCCAAACCCAAACCCAAAUCCACACCCACGCCCACGCCCAAGCCCAGAUCGACGGCAACGGCAACCCACAGAAUGCACAUCUUGCUUACAGUUUAAAUGCGCAGUCAAUACCUUUGGAUUUUGGAGCCAUGUUCCAUCAAUAUUCCCAAAUGGCCCAUCGCAUUCGCAAACACUACCUCUCGCCGCGUGUGUUGCUGUGUCUCUUGACAGGGCAAUUCGUCCCGCCUAUCAAUCGCAAAAACUUGUAUAGUUUACAGUACAGCAUGCUGCCGGCGAGACGAGCAACAGUUUGGGAGAUGUGGCGUGCAGUGAACAUGGAAAUUCCACAGAAGAAGCCGUUCCAACUGCCGAUAAUACCCCCGUUGCCCAAUGGUGGCAAGAGGAUGGCGGGCAAUGGACGCGCCAGAGCGCAUUAUUGA